AUGGGAAAUGCCUCGUGCUGCAAAUCGGACACCGCCCCAGGCGUAGAGGCGACAGUGGAUGCGAAGCCCGCUCUGGACAGUUCUUUGAAUGCCCUGCCCACCGUGACCGGCGGGAAAACCGACAAGGAGAGACUCUACAGCAUCAAGCUUGUGAAGUCGGGAGGCCUGAAACUCGGGCUGGAUGUCGACUACAUGGCGGAGCGCUCUGUGCUGCCGAUCAUGUCAGUGACCGGCGGAGUGGCAGAGAAGUGGAACCAAGACAAUCCCGAGAUGCAAAUCCGAAAAGGGGAUAGCAUUGUGGAGGUAAAUGGCACGACUGGUGACGUCGCCCAAAUGCUCGACAAGUGCAAGACGGACGUAGAGCUGGAGCUGACGCUGUGCCGCUGCCUGAACUACGACCACUUGGUGGCUGACUUAGAGAAGCUGGUCUCGGCCAAGAACUGUGGGCCGAUCAUGAUCCGUCUUUCUUGGCAUGAUGCUGGUGUCUUCAAUGGUGCCGAUGGCUGCCCCAACGCAGCAAUGCGCUUGGCCGGCAGCGGCGAACAUUCGUUAGGGGCGAAUGCAGGGCUGCCACAGGUGGCACUUGCGCUUCUCGCUCCCAUCACAGAGAAGUACGUCCCGCGACUCAUUUCUCAUGCCGAUCUUUGGGCUUUGGCUGCCAAUGUUUCCAUCAAGGCAAUGGGGGGACCCGAGAUUCCGACCCGGUUUGGUCGGCUUGACGCACACCAUGCGUCCGACGGGGUCUCAUCAGCCGAGGGGCGCCUUCCGGAUGGGGACAAGGAUGCCAAGCACAUCAGAGAUAUAUUCGGCCCCAAGGGCUUCGAGGACCGUGACAUGGUCGCGCUGUCGGGUGCACACACGGUCGGGAUGUGUCAUGGCGAUCGCUCUGGCUUUGAGGGUCCAUGGACUGAUGACAAGCUCCUGUUCGAUAACUCCUAUUUCAAGGACUUGCUCCAGAGGCCGUGGACGAAGGAGACGAACCGGCACGGAAAACAACAGUACAGGUCGGGUGAAAACAUGAUGCUCACAACGGACAUGGCAUUGGUAGAAGAUCCGGCCUUCAAGCAGCACGUGGAGCGGUAUGCGGCAGACCAGAAAAGUUGGUUUGACGACUUCGCAAAGGCCUGGGUCCGGCUUCAGGAGUUCAACAGCGGUGAGUUGCGUGACAUACUGUGA